AUGGAGACCUUUGUUCUGCUGCUGCUUGGCCUGGGGCUGGUUCUUACAGGAGCUUCUGGAAACAUAUUGGAGAUAAUGAAGGAAGAAUUUGCAAAGGAAGAAAUGCAAUCUUCUGUGGCAAAAAGUGGCCAUUUGGAACAGACUGUUGAGGUAUUAAUGAACUUCACCCUGUUCGAUCAAAAUACCAGCAUGUCCAAGGUUUUUCCUUCCUCGCUACUGACAUUCAGAAGAUCGCAUUUUAACACCCCCAAGGGAAACAUUCUGGGUAACCAUCAAGAAUGUUGCAACAUAACAGUCUGGAGGAAACUUUUAGAAGCUAAUAGGUCCUGCAGAUUGAGAAAUAACUUUAUCCCUGGCACCAUGGAAGUGACCCACCAUGGCCACACGGCCCCUGGAUGCGAGUGUGGACAGAACCCCAUCAUGAACAUCUGGGAGAGCCCAGAAGUGGAGAAUACUAUGUGCCAGCUCUCUACGGGCAGACAGUCCAACAGGUGCCAAUACCACAGAGUUACCUCGCUAAAGAAGAUGUUCACGGUGCUGACAGGUCAUUCUCUGAUGAGCUGGUUAGUUAGUGGUUCUAAACUGUAA